AAACAAGAGUACGUUGUCUCCACCUCGAGGCGCAGAAAAAAAUGGCAGAAGAAGAGAAUUCACUUGAAUAUACACCCACAUGGGUCGUAGCGUUUAUCUGUUUCAUCAUCGUUCUCUUAUCUCUUCUCGCUGAACGUGGUCUUCAUCAUCUCGGAAAGUAUCUGAAGCGUAGAAAACAAGAUGCCUUGUUUGAGGCCUUGCAGAAACUUAAAGAAGAACUGAUGCUACUAGGAUUCAUCUCGUUGAUGCUAACGGUGUCUCAGACAGCAAUCAGGCAUAUAUGUGUCCCACCAGCUCUUGUUAGCAACAUGUUCCCUUGUAAGAAGCCACUGGAAGAGGAGACGCAUCAUGCUCCAGAAUCAUCUCAUUCGCUUAUCUUCACUACACGACAUCUACUUUCAACAGGAGCAAGUCCAGACCAUUGUACUGCCAAGGGGAAGGUUCCGUUAAUAUCCGUUGAAGCGUUACAUCAUCUCCAUAUCUUUAUCUUCGUGCUAGCAGUUUUUCACGUCAUCUUCUGUGCCUCAACCAUGGUUCUUGGAGGAGCUAGGAUACAACAAUGGAAGCGUUGGGAGGAUAAGUUCAAGAAACCUCCUUCUCAAAAGGAUGCUUCAAAGCCUGGUCAUGCUCACGCUCAUCAUGCUCAUGCUCAUGCUCAUGCUCAUGCACUUCACGAGUUAUUUAACGCAAAUCAUGAGUUCUUCAAGAUGCAUGCUGGAGGAUUCUGGAGAAGAUCUGUUGUCAUCAGCUGGCUGAGAUCAUUCUGCAAGCAGUUUUAUGGUUCUGUCACCAAAUCAGAAUAUAUAGCUCUGCGACAUGGGUUCAUCAUGAAUCAUUGCCCCACAAACCCAUCAUUUAAUUUUCACAAGUACAUGCUGAGAACAGUGGAGAUAGAUUUCAAGAAAGUCGUGACCAUAAGCUGGUAUCUCUGGCUCUUUGUUGUCGUCUUUCUGCUGCUGAAUGUAGGAGGAUGGAAUACUUACUUCUGGUUGUCUUUCUUGCCUUUAAUAUUGUUACUAAUGGUGGGUGCCAAAUUAGAGAACAUAAUAAGUAGCUUAGCUGUGGAUGUUUGCGAGAAGAGAAACCGUGGGGAACAAGCAGUCAUCACACCUUCUGAUGAACUCUUUUGGUUCCACAGGCCAGACAUUGUUCUCCAACUCGUCCACUUCAUUCUCUUUCAGAAUGCAUUUGAGAUCGCUUUCUUCUUCUGGAUUUUGUUCACAUAUGGAAUACAUUCGUGUAUCAUGGAGAAACUAGGCUUCCUUAUUCCACGACUUGUCAUGGGAGUGUUAGUCCAAGUGCUUUGCAGUUACAGCACAUUGCCACUUUAUGCUCUUGUUACACAAAUGGGUAGCAAAUUCAAGAAAGGGAUAUUCGACGAUUUAGUACACUCCACACUGGAAGUAUGGUUGUCAGAUACGAGGAACAAAGGCGAAUCCACAAGCGAGGCUCACAGGAUGGAGAUACAACCCACCAUUCCCGAGUCUUUUAAUGUCCAAAUCAAUGAAGUCAUGGAAUGUGACAACCCUUAAGUUACAAUUUAUGUCCCAAGUCCAAUGAGAUCGGCUACAUCAUUCCAUACGCUAUCCCUCUUAACUAUCCGUUGUAACAUUUUGCAUUAGAUCGUUGUGCUAUGCUAACUUUAGAGCUCUCAUUACAAGAUUGUGUCGAUCUGUUUGGCAUUGCAUUAUGAACAUGGUGAUAAUAAAGUCAAUAGCCUCAUUCAUAG